UUUCCCGCUAUGUUUUGCUAUGUCAGUAUGGCGCGAAUGCAUUCAACUUCAAUGAGCCAACCUUUUGUUCGGUGUCAAAUAUUGUGGGUUCAGAAAUGCUAGUGUGUGAGUGACGGAGCCCAUACGAUGAGUGUGACAUUAUACGAUGCUGCCGGUGUGUUGGUGAGCUCGAUUGCACUCUUUACUGCGCGCUCAGAGUCGACGGUGGAAAUGAGAAAAAAUAUUUUCCAUCGCGAAAGUCGCGCCGUACCAAUCGGAAGAAUAAAUCGCGAUCGGACAAAAUCGGUGCAGCAAAAGACGGCGGUCGUAUGCAAAGCUGCAUAGCACGCGCGUUUGCUAUCGAUGAGUGUUGAAGUGCAGCAGAAAAGUGAUUUCGCUUACGGCUUAAUUGGAGUGAAUUAAGUGAGCAAAAUGUUGCAACGCAAGGGGUCAGGCGAAGGUGCACCGCCGCCGAGAAAAUGCUAAUCCGGAAGAUGGAAUCAGCUCGAAAAAGAACCUGAUCUGAUUUCACAUGAUUGAAUGAUUGGCUGUAAUCUAAAUCGCUCGGGAAGAAAUCAACAAAUAGUGAACGGUGGGGUGCGAGAAAGUGUGAAAUCAGGCGCCGCAGCAGUCGACGGGGUAGCCGUCAUAACAUCCCAUUCUGAUGCUUGCUUUGACGACCUUCGUGCAAAGCGCCACCAGUGUGAUGGGUUGAUUAUUCCUAUCUGCAAAUGUGUUAUGGCAUAACGAGCGCAUUUAUUGUCAAUGAAAAGUGUGUCGAAAUCGACCAUAAUCGAUUGCAAAACAUCGCCAUCGUGCUACGAUCCAUCUGUUAUUUUAUCCACCGUGCAGUGUCGUUCGACGGUGAGACGCCAUUUUAGAAUUGAUAUUUAUAAAAAAAAAGUUUCAGCUGCAUGCCGUGUGUACCGUGCGUAUGCGAAAGGUAUGUGUGUGUGUAUGCGUACGCGUGUGUGUGUUGCUCUGGUGCAUUGUACUACGAAGUAGAGUUUCUUCAAUCAUUAUACGGCCGUUGGUGCCCAUAAAACGGUCAAUUUAAUAAAAGUGUUUCCUUAAAAGUGCGUCAUUUCCACGAAUCGUGGAUAUAGGCAUAAUUGGAUGCAGUUUUUUCGGGUGAAAGUGCCAUGGUGGCAAGAAGCAAGGAAGAAGAUUGGCGAGAGUGUGGUGUUGUCGAGAAAGAUGAGGCAACACGCAGUAGUGGGGUCGUUCGCUCUUAGCUCGGUGAGCGAGUGUGCGUGAGAUAGAACCCCCGUUGGCCGAAGUGUCGAGUAACGUGGUGUGCGUGCGUGUAUCAUACUGGUGGUUUGUUUUGUUUCGCAACAUUGGAAGAAUGCGUGCAUCUAACGCCACGGUGUACAUAAUUGCACGAUAAUAGAAGAAUCGUGAAAAAGAAACGUGACCAGAAAAGAAAAUCAGUGUUGCGAAGACACACACUGCGUGUGCGAGCGAUGGUUGCUGUGUGUGAAUAAAGCAGCAGCCGACGAGCAGCUGUCAAAUGAGUUGGCCGCCUAUUUUACGCAAUGAGAUUCCGAUCAGGUGUAAUUUAAAUUUGAAAUAACGCGUGUGUUUCUACUGAAGAGCGAAAUCUUCUAGAGAAUAGAAUGUUGAUUAUAUAGGCAAUUGAAAUACGUAAGCGCCGUGAAGGCUGGUUAUGUUUUGAUCGUUGACAAGUGGUACUUGUUGUGUUGUCAUCGUGCGUGAGCGUGUGUUGGUUGAACAUAUCGGUCAAAACAGGCGCCUUCUAAUACUUCCACUACCACUACACAGUGGUUGUGGUGGUUGUGUGUGUGUGUUAGCACUGACUUAUGUUUCCAUGCGGGUGCAAAAGUUCUUCACAAAAGUGUCGAUAAAAAAGUGGUAAAGCCUUAUGAAUAAAAAGUGGAACGAAUAAGUGAAUAAAUUGUGCUGUAUGGUUGAAUGAUAAUUUAGUUCUAACUCCAACGUUCAACCGCUGCCUAAGCAAAAUGACCAUCGUAAAAAGCAAUACAACCGACGCAACCAACCCUGCGGACAAUGCGAAAUCGCCUCUAUCCUCAUCAUCAUCGUCCUCUUCAUCUUCCGACUCGGAUGAUGGAUCAGAUUCGUCUAGUGAUUCCGAUUCUUCGUCGGCAUCUACGAGCAAAACGAGCAGUAAACAGAGCAGUGGCGGAGGUGUCCCACCAGAAAAGCCCCAACAAUUUAGUGUUAUGAGUUCCGAUAGUGCCGGACUUCGAAUGAAAAUAGCUAUUCCUCGAAGCCAAUCCAAUGCGACUCCCACGCCUUCACCAACGUCGCUCGGCUCCAACCAGCAGCAACAGCAGCUGCUGAUGCAACAGGAUCUUCCGUCACCGUCAGGAGCAGCUGAUCGAAGACAGAAAAAUGCAGAGAAUACCCUUAGCGAAGCAUCUAGCGCACUGUCGGCGCAAACGCCACUUACCGGAUCCACUGGCAGUAAGUGCGAUUCCUUCAAGGAGCAUGGUAGCGUGAAAAAAGGAUCCAACGCUAAUGGAAAGAGUGCCAUGGUGGAGGGUUCAAGUCGAGGUAGAACAUCGACCACCCAACAAGUGUCUACGGAAGGUGGUAAAACGCUGAUGACAGCGGCAGCCCACAAGCAAGGCAGAACGUCGGACAAAAGGGUACACGAGCGAGGAAGAACAGCGCAUUCGAAGUCCAACAAACGUUCCGCUUCGGGAAAUGGUAGUAGCGUGGGCCGGACAAAGAAAAGUGUCAGCGAAAGUGAUUCCAGUUCACCCAGUUCAUCCUUUUCGUCCUGCACGAGCAACAGUGAUAGCGAUUCGAGUAGCACCGCUGGUGACAAUAGUAAUCAUAAUCCGAGCGAUAAAUCUAAGCCAACGGCAGGACGAACCGCAACCAACGCAAGAACCCCAGCAUUAACAUCAACGACGGCUGGAAACACCAUCGCAGCUGGUAAAAAGCAAAAAAUUCUCAAACGAAAAAAGGCAAAUCGGACCGUUACUUCCAGCAGCAGUGAUGAAGAGGAUGAAGACGAAUUGCCGAGUGGACGUAGUGGCAGCAAAAGUGGUGCUGCGAGUCGUACAAACGAAUUCACUACGUCCGACUCUAGCUCAUCCGAUGAAGUUGGAAAAGGAUUGUCGGCUAUACGAGCGAAGGGGAAGAAUUCGCAAACGAAGCUGUCUGGUGUCACUUCCUCAGCAAAAGCUAACGCAUUGUCCUCCGGUAAAGAUGGUGGUCUUUUGACGAUGACAACAGCAGGAGAAGGGUCGGGACUAUUGCUUAACAGGCCGCCGCUUUCAACAUCAACUCCAGCCAAACAACAUGGGGCCUUUCCGCCUUCGCUCGGUGGUGGCGGUGCGUCGUCGGUGGGAGACGGAGGACUUACGGCCGAAGGUGGUUCGUGUUCUAGCGACAACGAACUUCCGGCUCUAGUCAAUGCAGCGAUCCGCCGAGUAGAAAGUGGUUCCGAUGCGGAAAGCAUUCGUGGAUUGUCCGCUCCAACGCAACAGUACACAUCUAGCUUGUUACGCGACUUUGUCGUGAAAACACAAAUGCUUGGCUCGGUUGGUGGGAAUGGAGCACUUGCAAAUGUCGGUGGAUCUGCCGCAAAUAGCGCCGUAAGUGGAAGUGGCAUCGGUGGUGGUAAUGGUGGCGGUGGUUCACCAUCCUCGUCGUCAUCCUCAUCGUCGUCGUCGGGAUCCACAUCCUCUUCGUCAUCUUCGUCAGUGGAGGAAGGAGCAGAUCCAGUGAUAGGGAGUGCCGGCCCUGGACCGGGUGGCGGUCCUGGACCAUUCGAAUUAGAUGUUCGCAAAAUUAAGACUGAAUCUCCUGUAAUUUCAUCGGGUCCGGCUGCUUCUGCCGGUCGAAAUACACCAAUUGUAAAUGGGCUUACAUCGGGCAUGAAAGGUGAUCCACUGGCACCAGCGGCACCUAUCGUGAAACGUCGUGGACGUCCACCAAAAUCUAGUUUGGCGACCGCCGCUGCUGCAGUUGGCGCAAGACCAUCAGCUUCUUCCAGGUCGGUCUCCAUUCCGACUGUCAUUGAAUCACCCGAUUCGGGUAUUCUUUCCACGCACAGCUCCACUGGUUCGCCUAAAACAGACAAAGCUAGACCCAAUCUACACAUGAGAUCUAGCAUGGGAGCGGGAAGUUCUUCAUCAACCCGUCGCAGCAAGUCGGAAGUGCGUGGUGGAGAUUCGACUGCAUUGAGUGCCAUAUUACCCGCCAGUGGAUCACCAUACGGGGGGAAUACGCUCUCUGCUUCUGCAACCGUUGGAAGCAGCGGUCGAACGUCAACUACAGCCUAUUCGCUUUCCUCCUGUCUCGAUCGAAACACGUACGCGACCGAGCGAGUGCUUUAUCCACCUCGAGGACCUAAGAAACGAGGUGUAGGCAGACCACCGAAGAAAGAUACGGCACAGCAGCAACAAUCGUCUUCCGGAAGAGGUUCCCUGAAUGGACCGCAAGUGCGUAUUGCUGCUACCCAACAGUCGGAAGAUCGUCUUGAUCCUCACUGGCAAAAGAUUGACAUUAGCAAAAAGUUUCACGAACCGCGACUCAGUGGCUACAAAAGUGAUGGUGGACAUUCGACAAUUUGCUGCAGCAAGCGACUUGCCUCACAAAGUGGUUACAUUAGUGAUUACGGUGGUGUUGGCGCUAGUGGUGGACGCAGCCGUCUUUCGGGGUACAAAUCGGACUACAGUUCACGGUCUAGACGAAGCUGUAGCCGCGGUGCAGGAUACCGGAGCGACUACGGAAGGGCAAAAAGCUGUGGUUAUCGAAGUGAUUGCAGUACACGCCACCGGAAGCAAGUUAGGCGGAAACGGCGGAAGAAAAUUGGACAUCAGCAAGAGCAGCACGAACAGCAUCACAACAAUAAUCUCAACGAUCGGAAGAAUUAUAAUGCGUCUAGUGAUGGUGGCGGAGGCGGAAGUACAAAAUCGGCAAGUGUAGGUGAAUUGGAAAUAAUGUUCAUGGCCGGACUGACGCUGGGGAGUACGAGCGAUGAAGAUAGCAGCAGUACGAGUAGCAGCACAAGCAGCAGCAGUGCUGAGAGUCGCGAGAGCUUAUUUUCGGACAACUCUGGCAUCGAUCGACCAGCACCGAGUUCGGUGGACAAAGCCAAACGAGUAUCGCCUGAGAAAGGACGGAGAGGUAGUACCAAGCAGUUAGAUAAACCGGCAGCUAAGAUCCAGAGAACACCGCGUAAACCUACGCCGCCCAAAACGAUUGCCAAAGGGCGAGUCGUGAAAGCUUCGGAAAGGUCUGUAGUUCGUGGCAGCAAAAACAUAUCAACUCCAACGAUCGAUCGAAGAAGGAAAUCUAAUCAUGUGAAAGACAGCAAGGAAGACGAACAGUCAGAUGAGGAUGUGGUAGCUCGACGGUUUGGAGACAGAGGCCGCACUAAAUCAUUGCAAGCAACGGUGAAGGAGCCGCCGCCACCACCACCGCCCAAACCUUCAGUUGCUGCGACGGCUUCUGUGGCUCUCAAACAAAAGUCUUCUGCGAUGAUAAAGAAACCGGGCACACGAGGUCGUCCGCCGUCUGUUAAGAAACAGCCAGCAGUAUCAGCUGGAGCUGGGAGCAACACUGCAUCGACUAGCAAAUCGCUUGGAAGUUUGAAUGCUCUACUCGCACCGAAAAAUCGUGCCACGCUUGUGCUACCCACUAACAACUUCGAUCGAGUGUUUGCCUCGAUGAGCAAUAAGCAGCAGACAGCUGGGUCACCCAACGAGUCUAAAUCGGCCAUUUACACGUUCUCCAGCUCGACGGUGGGUUCGAAAAAUGCGUUUGCGACGUUUUUACAACGCGGCGCAGCAGAAGGUGCCUCGAAAGACGACAACGAUGACAACGGAAAGUUGAUGGCGGUCAAGAAGCUUCCUCUGUCGAAGGCGAACGUGAUCAAAAACUCGGAGGAGUGUAAUCGUAGGUUUCAAAAGUCAAGCUCUUCGUUUGCGCUAACCGUUGGUGGAGGUGUGGGCGGUAUUGCCGGAUCGGUCGAUCUGUUGGCACGGAUUGCGGACGGAACGAUACCGAAAGCGUCACCCACGAAAUCGGUUUGUUCGAAACGUAGCCGCAGGAAGAGUUGUACCAGCGAUCGACUGGAGGUGAUGUCGGUGAAAAGCUACGGUGUGAUUGGAAGCUGUGGCAAGAUCAGACAGCGGCGCUUGAGUACGAUGAGCCGGUGCAGUAGCCGAUCGGCUGGAUCGAGACAUGCGGCGGCUAGAAUGAAGCGACGCAAAAAACGUCUACGUUCUAUGUCUGUCGCACCUGGUGCCACGUCGGAUAUGCUUAAUGCUGGAGGGACGGCUAGUUCGUCGGGGCUCGACUUGAAGCUCAAUGCCGAGAUCGAUCGGUUGAGCGAAAGUUUCAAUGGCAUGUGCCGUAUCGUUGGUGGAUCGACUGAUGCUGGAACAUCAACAGGUGGGCGAUCGGUGAACUCACCAGAGGAAACCACAUCGGCAAAUGUUCCUUCAGUGGCAACACCGUCCGGCAAAGCACAUCAAACGAAACGCUCGGUAAAGAAACGGAAAGCUUCAGAGCAUGUGACCGAUUCUCCAUCGGCAACAGGUGGAGGAAAUGCCGCAGGGAGUGGUGGAGCUGGUGGUGCAACAGGAAAUGGCGGAGGCGGUGGUGGUGGAACGGGUAAACGGCGCAACAAAAAAUCCGUACCAACGCAAAGCCCGGACGAUCAUAAACUUCCACUGAAGAAACGCCACUAUCUGCUGACACCCGGUGAGAAAGGGAACAAUAGUGAUAACAAUAGCGGAGUGGACGAAGUCAAAUCGACGGGUGGCGCUAGUGGAGGCAGUAGCGGUACUGGAACAGGAACGGCUGGAUCCGGUGGUGGUUCUACCAACUCUAGCUUUGCCGGUAGUCAUACGGUGUUGAAUCCGUGUGCCUUUACUAGUGGACGAUUAUCGGCCAACGCUGCGGUAGCUGGCUCAUCCAUGUCCGGAGCGGCCACCAAAGCUGUUACACCGAAAAAACGCCAUCUACUGAAAUCACCUGAACCCGGUCCUGUGCCGACUGACACCGAACUGCAGCUACAGCAAAUAAAAUCGAGUAAUUCUCCACUAACGAUCGUAAACGGAGGGAUCGCAGGAACAGUUGGAGAUGUUGGAAGUUCACCGCCGGAAGGAUUAACAGCUGGACGGAAGGGACUAACCGAUUUCGUCACUGGUGGAAGCCCGUCAAGUGGUAUUGGUCAUUCUACUACCGGUGCUAGUGGUAGCAAGAAGAAACACAAUCGACAACAGGAAGCUUCAGCAGCUUCUGCUCACACCGGAACGAGUGAGAAUCACAAUUCUGCGGGAGCGCAUCAUCAUCACCAUCAUCGUUCGACACCACCGGCACGUCCCUCUGUCAUACAAUCGUCUGCAUCCGUGCUCCCUUCGGGAUCCGGUGGGUUUUCUUCAUCCUCUUCCGGUCCACCGCCGGGUGUGUUCGAACCAACGGUGGAUCUGGAACUCGUGAUACCACCACCGACCUCGAUACCAUCGCUUAUUGCCAAGGUGGAGAUGCUAGAUUCGCCCCGCCUUGGAAAGGAUUCUGCCGGUGCCAUCGGUGGAUCGGGCAAUAUCACCACCAAGCUGGAAUCAGACGAACUGCAAGUUUUAACGGCUGCUCAGCGUAAAGGUUUGGCUGCUGGAAGUGGGUUACUCGCAACCGUCACGCCAACAUCGGCUUCCUCCGAGAAGGUGCUGGAAAAGUUGCUCACCAAGACGGGCGCUCACCAUUUGCUGCUGAAGAAAAAGCGCAAGAAACCCAACAGGACCGGUUUUCCAACGGUGAAGAAGAAGAAAAAGAAAGCACCAGAAAGUGACCCACUAGACGUUGGGUUGUCGGUGAUUGAUUUAAAGCCGGAAGUGGGACCGGAUCUGUUCGAUUCCUCCAACCUAACGCGACACGUACCAUCGGAAGCGGAAAGGACGCGCAUGAAGGAAAAGCAUCUGCAUCAAACGUCCACCGGCAAAAACGCUUCGUGCGAUCGUGUGCCAAAGGAAGGCGAACCGACGGAUUGCUUUAUCGAGCGCCAUUCGGGCGUUGGGAGGCCCCGUCUGUCGGUCGUGAGCUUGGAGAAGCUGCAGGGUAAGCUGCCAAUUGCGACAGGAACGCGUGAUGUGGCAACAACACCCCCGGCGACAGGCGGCCGAGGUAGGAAAUCUGUCAUAAAUCCGCUUGCACCAGAACAUCAGCUGGUGCAUCGAUCGCAGGAAAGAAACCGUAAGGACGAUUUGUCAUCAGUUACCACAGGGCGCAAAGGAAAAAGAAAGCACGAAGUAUCAAAAGCACCUCCGGAUAGUGGAAGCAAGCGUAAAGGAGCUGCGGUGGAAGUUGACAAUCGUUCAACGAAGGAACGUAAUCGCAGUAAGAGCGUGUCAGCAUCGACGGAACCGCAGCAGCUACCGAACAUUGUGCGAUUAAGUGAGACUCUGUCGAAAGGUACGGCUAAAGAAAACAAGGAAAACAGUAAGCUACCUUCCGGCAGGUCUCCUUCCGCUGCAGGGAAGAAAUCAAGCAAAGAGCCCGUCGUGAGCCCUGGUACCUCGCCGGAAGGUGAUAGUACGGGAGUCAUUCGACGCACUCGUAGCUCCUCGGUGGCGCUUGAUCCGUCGGAGGUGAAAAAGAUACAUCAAGAUGCUGACGAUUCCGUCGGAAAAGGAACAUCCCAGUCGAGUACACCAGUGCGAUUGCAUUCCUGGGGCGUUUCUGGCAUACAUAACGAAGAUUCUACGUCACUCGAUUCAAUGCCACUGUUGAAGCGUAUCCAUUCGCGGUCAAUCUCGCGAUUGCAGUCAGUUUCCACACCGACGGUAUUGCUGGAACCGUUGGCAACGUCACCGAAAACUCCGGGACGUCCAAGAGGACGUCCGCGAACAACUUCCCCCAUCACGGCAACGGAAACGCCACAUUCUCCCACCACCGGACGGGGUCGUCCUCGGACAGCGCUGGCAAUCACCGGUAACACUUCGAUCGUGUCUACCGAUCGCGUUUUGUCGUCUCCACUCAGGUCACCGACGGCAAGCCCUAUCGUUGGGGCUGUAGGUGGUGGUGUAGUAGUAGGCAGAAAGAAACAAAAACGAGAUGGCCGUAAAUCCGUUCCGCCUGCUAUUGCCGAACCGAUCGAAAGUGCUCAUCUAGCGACCAGAAUAAGUGCGUCCAAGUCUGUUACACCGACACCACCGGUUGGUACUGUGAUACCGGCUCGAAUGAAACGUGGCAAAAGUGACGAAAUAGUGCGUUCUCAGCAGCUGGAAAAACCUGCCAAAAAACCUAGAAAAGACAUUGCUUCCGCAGAACCAUCGCCCGAAGCGACGACUGUUCCCGUGCCCAGAAGAAACCCGAUCACAUCACCGAUCGUUGAACCGGUCGAGCCAGAAGAGACGGCCCACAUUCUUAAGCCGGCUAGCUCGACCGACGAACUAGAACACGAUCCGCUUCCACCGGAUGAGGGACCGUCGGAUUUCCUGCGUUUAGCUGACACUCCAUCGCCAACCUCUUCCGGGGAAACGCGCGACCUGCCAACGGGAUCUGGUGGGCGUGUUACGAGCAAAAAGCUACCUCGCAAGAAGUACAUCACAGCGGGUCUGUUCUCCGAUUGUUACAAAGACGAUGGCACCGGUGGAGAGGGUCGUUCGGGACCGAAAACGCCACCGGAAACGCUGCUUCCUCCUCCGGCUUAUUGUGAGCGCUUUCUGCGACGUACUGUGCGUGAUUUUCAGCUACCGUACGAUCUCUGGUGGCUGCAGGAGAAUGGAAAACUGCCCGGACGGAACUCCGUUCCCAGCUGGAACUAUCGUAAAAUACGUACUAACGUGUACUACGAUGUUAAGCCAAACCCUUCGACGGACAAUCCACAGUGCAACUGUAAGCCGGAUAGUGGCUGUCAGGAUGAUUGUCUCAAUCGGAUGGUAUACACCGAGUGUGUGCCGGAACACUGUCCGUGUGGUGAUCGUUGCAGGAAUACGAGCAUUCAGCGCCAUGAGUACGCACCCGGACUGGAACGCUUCAUGACGGAGGAGAAGGGAUGGGGCAUACGGUCCAGAGAGCCAAUCAUAAAGGGUACUUUUAUAAUGGAGUAUCUUGGGGAGGUGGUGACGGAGCGAGAAUUCAAAGAGCGUAUGCGUACGCUUUAUUUGAAUGAUACGCAUCAUUACUGUUUGAAUCUGGACGGAGGUUUAGUGAUCGAUGGACAUCGGAUGGGGAGCGAUUGCCGAUUUGUGAACCAUUCCUGUGCUCCGAACUGCGAAAUGCAAAAGUGGUCCGUGAAUGGAUUGUUCCGGAUGGCGCUGUUCGCUUUGCGCGACAUUCCGCCGAAUGAGGAGCUAAGUUAUGACUACAAUUUUAGUCUGUUCAAUCCCUCCGAGGGACAACCUUGUCGCUGCGGGUCGGAACAGUGCCGUGGUGUAAUUGGAGGAAAAUCACAACGCAUCAAACCCAUCCCACUCGGGUCGUCCAACGGUAGUACGGGGCACCGCAAUCCAUCCGAAGUAGGUCCCGAUACGGAUCCCAGCAAGUCUGGUGGAUCCGAUGGAGCUGCUGGAGCAAAUGGACCGGGCAGUGGUGGUGCACUGGUGGUCGAACUGAGUCCACGUAGUGCGGCGCGAUCUCGCAAACGACAGGCGAAGAAAAAUCAACCGAUCGUGCAUCUUAACGGAACACCGCUACCGACAUUCCAUCCACCAACGGUUAAGGAGCGUGCGCUGAUCGCCGAGCAUCAUUGCUUCUUGCUGCGCAAUCUCAAUAAGAUCCGUCGUCAGAAGGAACGUGCUGCCACGAUGGUAUCGGCCGGAGGAGCGAGUGGUGGCGCAGGAACGUCUGCAACAGAUGGAGGUGCAGGAGCAGCAUCGGGAGCCGAUCAAACGACCUCUGGUAAACCGUCACUCGCAUCUCAGAUUUCGGCAUUACGCUGUCCGCGCAAUAUUCGCACACGAGGGCUCGCAUUCGUCGAGGAUGAUCCGGAGCUGGAAAAGACGGCACGCAUCGCUGUAGCCUUGAAGGAUAUAUGCACCGAAAUUGCCACAUUGAAAGAUGAUAAAGGGUUGCCCUAUAUCAGCAAACUUCAGCUGCCGUCGAAGAAGAAAAUCCCUCUGUACUAUGAGCGUAUCCCGAAGCCGAUAGAUUUGGCACAGAUUGAGACAAACAUUGAGCAGGGUAUAUAUCGCAUGCCGAAGGUGUUUGAAGAUGAUCUACUGAUCAUGCUCAGUAAUGCGAUCAAAUACUAUGGCAUCAAUUCACCCGAAGGGAUCGCAUCGGAAGCGCUCAAAUCUCACUACUAUACCUGCAAACAGCAGCAGGUGCCGAAGUUGCAGGCCUACAUCGGCGAAGAGAACGAACUGCUGCGAGGUUUCGUACCGAAGAAGGAACCGGAAGAGGACACGGGUUUACCGAAACCCAAGCGUGGUCGACGACAGGAGCAGACGGAGGACAUUAUACGCUGCAUCUGUGGGCUGUUCAAGGACGAAGGUUUAAUGAUCCAGUGCUCGAAAUGUCUCGUGUGGCAGCAUAUCGAGUGUACCAAGGCAGACCCAGCGGUGGAGAACUAUCUGUGCGAGAAGUGCGAUCCGCGCGAUGUAAACUAUGAGAUUCCUUUGAACGAAUUCACGGAGGAAGGUUACCAGUACUACAUCUCGCUUAUGCGUGGUAAGCUGCAAAUUCGUCAAACAGAUACGGUGUACGUGCUGCGCGACAUUCCGAUGUCGCCGGACCCGGACAAUCCGAGUGCACCGGUGCGGAAGCAUACGUACGAAACGAUCGGUAAGAUCGAGUACAGCGAGUGUGACAUCUUCCGCGUGGAGAGUCUGUGGAAGGAUAAGGAAGGGCGUCGGUUUGUGUACGGUCACCACUAUUUGCGGCCGCACGAAACGUAUCACGAACCAACGCGACGCUUCUAUCCGAAUGAGGUGAUGCGGGUACCGCUGUACGAGGUGAUCCCUAUUGAGCUGGUGGUCGAUCGGUGCUGGGUGCUCGAUCCGAUCACUUUCUGCAAAGGUCGUCCGGUCGAUAGUUCCGAACCGCACGUUUACAUCUGCGAGCUGCGUGUUGAUAAGAGUGCGCGACUCUUUUCAAAGAUCUCACGCCAUUCGCAUCCGGUUUGCAUGAAGUCGUAUGCUUUUCACAAGUUUGAGCAAAAGCUUAAGAUAGCAAAAACAUUCGCUCCUCAUGAUCUUGGUUCUUUGGCACAUCUACUCUCGAUACGGGAUAGACAGAAGAAAGGAUCGAAAAAGGACGAUACCAGCGGAGGACAAUCGUCGACGGGGUCGGUCAGCGGCACUUCCAGUUUCACUGGUACUGGAGGAAGUCAUUCAAGUGGUUCGAAGAAAAUGACACCGAUCAUACAAUUGCUGCCACCACCGCCGAAGACUGGCUUGAGCACAGAACGAACCCUUGCGGUUCAGCCUCCGACGGUGGAGGCAAAGCCGAGAAGAUCAAAGACGCUGGCAGAGAAACGGAACCGGCUGGAACAGGUGCUAUGCCGGUUAAUGCUAAAGCUAACCCUCAACCCGAACGCGCUACCGGUGGUGGACAUAUCCUACCUGUUGACAGGACGCGGUGCACGUCUGCGACGGACCAACAACUCGACACCGGUGCCGGUUAUUUGAGAGUGGGUUCGCAAGAGGAGAAAACGGCGUCGCAAAUGGAAGCGAUGCUAUGACUGAGCGCCCCGUUACGACGGACUCAUGGUUUCUUCUCGCGGACGGUGUUUCAUACGCAUCGCAAAAUACCAAAACAGACGACGGCAAAUUGCCUAUUGCAAGCUGUUUUCUUUCACAAGACAAACGAUCACGGCAACGAAAAACGAGUGCGGCUGCUUGUUGACCAUAUUAACACAAGGCACUCAGUUGUGUUGACGAGCCAAAACAGGAAUAAUUUUCUGUCGUUUAUCAGUGAAAGUGAUAGCGUUGCUGGAAGGAGGCUUAAAAAUACUAGGAAAACAUACAAGAACACCCCGCACAACUUAUGGACAACAUUUUUUUUUUGGUUUGUUGUGCCGUUUGCCAACACACUCCAGGUAUAUGUUCUGUCGGUGGUUCUUGUAUGCUUUCCGUUUUGCAUCUUUGAAAAGGAUGCUACCGAUGUAAGAGAUUUUCAUCUAUACUCACAUACAAUCACUCACUCACACACAUAUACGUACUACACUUACAAUCAUCUACCAACACAUAGGAACACGCAUAUACUCACACACGCAUAUACAAUACUUACACCGCUUUUAGUGUACCUUAUUUUGAUAAGAUUUUUUUUUGUAUUUAUUAUUGUUAAACGCUUUUAUGGACUUGUUUAGAGACGUGAGAAUUAGGUUUGUUAGUAUUUUUUUUUAUUACUUUCGAAAGGUUUUCCCUUCCAACCGUGGUUAAAAGGGAUGAAAGCAAAGCGUCUGUCCUUUGCUAUCCGGUUCGUACCCGUAUUGUUAUUUAUUUGUACGAAUUGGAACAAUUUUCUGGACACGUAUGGUUUUCGUUGAUUCGUUGGUGUAGAAAUUUGUUGUAAUUAUUAUUCUAACUACGCGUACAAGCGUGUACGAGCAUUGGCGUAAUCGUAACGAGCUGGUUUUUAAUUUUGCAUUGAACUAGAAUUGAGCACCUUUAUACCCGUACCUUUAACUUUCAUAGUAUAAGCAUAACUGGAAAGGGGGAAAACGUUUGUGCCACUGAUAGGUGCGUAACAGCCGAAUUUGGAAAAUCUACGAAGCCGAAGUGGAUGUUAAAAUUGUAAAUAGGAAUGCAAAAAAGGGCCAUCACCGAUGCCAAGGAUAUAGUGUAAAGAAAAAAUGCGAUUGAAUUUCCCUACAUUAACACAGUUGUUGCUGAGACACGAAAAAAUCUCCUUUAAACAAACAAACAAAAAAUGCGCCCCCCUGUCAAAUCACCGAAUCGAAUGGACUGGAUAAUUAUUAGGUCAUAGGCAUUUAGGCGUAGUGUUGUAAAAAAAAGGAAUACAUCUAUUUUUCUGCCCCAAAAAACACACACACGGUGCACCAACUUUUGUAGGAUAUAAGAUGCAACAUUAGUGUACACACAUGCUUCGGACAGAGGGAACAUUUGGAACAUACAUUAAUAUGCAGGAUAGAAAUUUAGUAACUUAUUAAGAUCAGAGUUGAAACGCUAAGCAAGUCAACAUGCGCAUAAUAAGGCACGCUUUAUUAGAGAUUUCCAAACACGGGAAACGUACAUCCGAGUGAGUAUCGAUUUAUCCAACGUAAAGGAUCUACUUGUACAAUGCUUCAUGCUAGAUAUAGAUAUGAAAGGUUUAACAUGAGAGCUAGAGAGAGAGAGAGAGGCUUUCGUCACGAUGGGCAGUAGUAGUAAGGGACUAAGCUAAAGAUAGAAAAGGGAGUAAAACAGGAAACCGUGGUGCUAGACAGGAAAUUAAUUACACACACAAAAACACACACUCACUCACACUACAGCAGCACUGAGACGCUGAUGCGUUUGCUCUACUAUUCUCUGGAAAUAAAACAAAACCACAUUUUUGGAUCAUUUGUUCAGAAGUGAAUUAAACGAAA